CAUCAUCAUCAUUCGUUUCGUAAAAAAUCGUACUGAGCUCAAUAGCAAUAGAAGGCACCUGUCUGUCAAAUUAUUCCAUACAAUUGAUCAAGAAAAGCUGCAAACAGCCGACAGAGGGAAGAACUUCAGAGAACUAUUCAUUUGACGAUACUAUCUACGCGUAAUACCGGUCACUGUGGAAAGAAAGAAAGAAAGAAAGAAGAACGCAUUGCCGUCAUUCAUAGAAAGUACUGUACCUGACAAAAUGUACGGUGCCGUCCGUGAUAGCGACGAUGACGAAAGGAAUUCCCUGUUGCCCAGAGGGCGCAACGAAGCAAGCCAGAACAUCAAGCCCGCUUCGUACACUGGUCUCGUUGUCAAUCGCUUUCUGAUAAUUCUGCUCCUGGCCGGUUUGGUGGGUAUUUCCAUCACCCUGCAAUCCUUUCAAACCCAGCUGAACGUUCAACUAUCGACCGACGAAGAGAAGAUCCAUUUUUUGGAGGCGACGGUCGAGGCGCAGGGAAAAAUCAUUGAGAGGUUCAACCAAUCCGUCACCAAUGCCGAUGUUGUCGAAGAAUUGAACACAAUGGAGGAUCGAUGGGACAGAGAACGGGGGGAACUUUUUGCCCAGCUCAAUACAACAAAAGCCGAGGUCCGUGUCGAACUCGACAAGGCUAUGACCAUGCUCGAUCAGACCGUCAAGCUGGCCGAGGCCCAGAUCCAAGAAGACAUCAAGGCUGUCAAGUGGAACAUCACCGAGAUGGCCGCCAACACGAACGACCGCUUCACCAUGGAGAACAAUUUUAUGAUCUACCAGGUGGCGGGAACCUUCACCGUUUUGAGUUGCCUAAUCAGCAUGUGGCACAUGGGUAGCCAUAUCAACAAGAUGGAACAACCAGCCAUCCAGCGGAAGAUUCUCGCCAUUCUCUGGAUGUGCCCGAUCUAUGUAAGUGCGGAUUAGAACAGAAUUGAAAUGGCUGAAUCGAAGGAACUUGGAACCAUUUAUAUUCUGGUACAUCUUUUCAUUAUGAUUUGUUGUUCUGCUCUUUCCAUGCGUCCACACACUUCUUUUCUGCUGCCAGGCCGUUUCGUCUUGUCUGUCCUUGGUCAUCGCGGAUUAUGCUGGUUACUUUGCGAUCUUGAAGGACUUUUACGAGGCAUAUAUUAUUUACCAGUUUCUCUCCUUCUGCAUAUCGGCGAUCGGCGGCGGCGACCGAGAAAAAGUUGUCGAUGCACUUUCGAAAGAGGUUGGCCACCUGACGCCCCCUUUUCGUUUUUGCUUUUGCUGCAAAAAACAUUACGAAAACGAUCGAGCGAUGGCCAGCGCCAUUUUGCUGCAGUGUCAGGGGUUUGCGAUGCAAUUCGUCUUUUGGAAACCCGUAAUUUCCAUCGGACAAUUUUUUUGCAAAAAGUACAGCUACUACGGUCCAUUUGCCACUGAUGCUAUGGAUUGGAAGUCGUUGCAGUUUUGGAUGAGCAUUAUCGUGAAUAUUAGUACGUUUGUGGCCUUUGCGGGACUCUUGAAAUUUUAUCAUGCCGUCGACACGGAUUUGGCGUGGUGCCGUCCCUUUGCCAAGUUUUUGUGUAUCAAGGGAGUUGUCUUCAUGACAUUUUGGCAGGGCAUGGCCCUAAAAAUUUUGGCAGAAACGACUGACGUAGGCAGUGACGCCAAUACGGCGGACGAUUGGUCGGAAAAGGUACAAAAUUUUUUGAUUUGCCUGGAAAUGCUUCUGUUUUCGAUUGCCCACUUCUAUUGUUUCCCAGUGGAUGAGUGGCAACCGGGUUACAAAGUCAAUUACAGAAAAGCCAAAUUUGGAGAAACCAUGGCAUUAAAUGAUUUUUUCACGGACCUCAAAAUUAUUCUGACCUCUGACGACUCCAGGAAAAAGAAGAAACGCGCGUCGUCGAAGAAGCCCUCGGAGUCCACGAUUCCUGAAGAAGACGACGAAAGCGAAACGCAAGACGGUUCCGUCUUCAGUGGCAUGGGCAGUUCCGUUGACGAAGAAGAAGAAUCGAAAAAUGCCCUUGUUCAGGCCUUGAAAUCCUAUGAUGACGACGAGGAUGACGAUGAAUUGCCUCCAACCCAACAAAACGAUCUGGUGGAUGCCGAGCGACGACUAGGAAACAUGCUGGACGACAUGCUGUUUUCACCCCGAAGUGUUCCGGAGGAUCCAAGUCAUACAAGCGUUGACGAUAAUGACGUCAUCAAAACGGAAGAGAUUUCCCGAGACGAAGAAACCGGUCACAUCGAAGAAGGAACUUCGAAGGAAACAACGGGUCUGUUGACUGGUGCAUCUGGAGAGACUCUGACAAACAACCUGAAACCCAGCAUAUUCACAGUCAUUUCUCAGCACCAGUCUAUGGAAGAAGAUACUGAAGUCGAAGAAGGCAUUGAAAAUCAAGAAAAUGGGAAAGAAGAUUCUGGCAACCCAAAGGAAGAAUAGGAAAUCAACGACGAAGAGAAACCGACUGUGCGCGGUGACAAAAAGUUAGGGGGGCAGCCUAAAAUCGAAGCUUGCGGUGAAAAGCAACAAUCUGUUGGUUCAUUACAGUGUCGGAAGUGAGUGGCACGCAAAGAACAAAUUCAGGCUGCAAUGAAUUCUAGCACUUGAAAACAUGCGCUCCCUCGUGCAUGUAUUCGCUGUCGAGCCAUUUGAAUCCUAAGCAAGCUGUUUAGAUUUGUCGCUUUUUGAUUUGUCUGUAUCAAACAGAACACUUCGCAAUAGGUAAUGUCGUGUAUUGAAUCAGUCACUCAGGUGCAAUUUAGAUAUGGAAUCAGUCGAUCAUGAAACUAACUGAGGAACGUUGUAAAUCAUAGUGAUAGAUUUUAAAAGAUGCUCUAAUCGAUUGAUCCUUUCCUGGCGGUAAAUCCGGGACAGUAUCAUUUCAUCUGCUUGGUCAUAGACAUACUCAUUUGCAAUACUCUUCCAUGCAGGCCCACCUUGUUACCAAACCACCUCGGCUUGCCUCUCACCAGCCUGUGCCUCAACCUUCCACAAAACCAAUUAGCGAAUAGCCGCCAUAUUUAAAUUCUGU